GUUAAAGAAUCUGGUGCGCCUUUGCGCGGAGGACAUGGACUUGAACGCAUCACUCUCUCUCCAUUUCCUUGCGCAUCAGCUGCACUCGGCAGCUCACAUGGUGCCCCAAUGAACCCUCGCCCUCACGCAUCGUCCAACAUACAAUGGAUUAACAGGAAAGACAUGAAUGUCCGCACAGAGGAUGGUAUCACCCUGUGCCAAAGGGCUCUCCAAAUAGUGACGGAGCUGUGCCUCGCCGGGCACGUCGACCGGGAGAAAUGCGCGGAUAUAUUUCCACUGGAGAGCAACAUACCAGACAUCUCUGUAAGUCUCCUAGCUGUGGUCGUAGGUUUCUGUGGGCUCGCCCUUUUGGUAGUCUCUCUCUUUGUCUUUUGGAAGCUGUGCUGGCCCAUUUGGAGAAGCAAGGCGCUCUCGUCCAAUGCUGACAGCUGCCGGCCGGGGGUGCUGCCCGAGGCCCCCCCAGCCCAACCUCCGGUGUCUCGUACUGUUUCUCCUCAUCUUGAGGCCAAGGCACUUGCAAUUGCGGGAAGACAGCCAUCGCAAGUCCAGCAAGACGAUGAGGACGACAAGAGGUGGAAGGUACCAGAAGUGAAGGUCAAUGGCCGCAGUUCUGUUAAGAUCCUGGAGGCGGCCAUGAAGAUCAGUCAGACGUCACCAGACAUCCCUGCUGAGGUGCAGCAGGCUCUGCGUGACUGUCUGACCAAGCAGGCCAAAAUCCAGAGGCAGACCACUGAACCUACCUCGUCCUCAAGGCACAAUUCUUUCCGUCGACACCUGCCGCGGCAGAUGAAUGUGACCAGCGUGGACUUCACCAUGGACACUCUACCAGUGCGCCAGUCUUCUGCAGUCAGUAUCGGCCGUAUCAAACCUGAGCUGUACAAGCAGAAAUCUGUGGACUCUGAAGAAGGAGCCAAGGAGCCGGUGGAGACGUGCGGAAAGCUGAGCUUUGCCCUCAGCUACGACUAUGAGGAACAAGCUCUUGUGGUUCGCAUUCUAAAGGCCCUGGAUCUGCCCGCCAAAGACUUCACAGGCACCUCCGACCCCUACGUGAAAAUCUACCUGCUUCCAGAGCGCAAAAAGAAGUUUCAGACGAGGGUCCACCGCAAGACACUCAACCCCAUGUUCGACGAGACGUUCCGCUUCCCUGUGGAGUACAGUGAGCUGUGCAAUCGCAAGUUACACUUCAGCGUGUACGACUUUGACCGCUUCACAAGUCAUGACAUGAUCGGCGAGGUGGUGGUUGAUAACCUUUUUGAGCUGUCUGACCUUUCACGUGAAGCUGUGGUUUGGAAGGACAUCCAUGCAGCUACUACAGAGAGUGUGGAUCUGGGUGAAAUUAUGUACUCCCUUUGCUAUCUUCCCACGGCUGGACGCAUGACCCUCACCGUCAUCAAAUGUCGUAAUCUAAAAGCCAUGGACAUAACUGGCUACUCUGAUCCAUAUGUUAAGGUCUCCCUCAUAUGUGACGGUCGGAGACUGAAGAAGCGGAAGACGACCACCAAGAAGAACACACUCAAUCCUGUCUAUAAUGAGGCCAUCAUUUUCGAUAUCCCACCUGAGAACGUGGAGCAGGUCAGCCUGUCAAUCACAGUGAUGGAUUAUGACAGAGUUGGACACAAUGAAGUGAUAGGGGUGUGCAGGACAGGGCCGGAUGCGGAGGGUCUUGGCAGGGACCACUGGAAUGAAAUGCUAGCUUAUCCACGCAAGCCCAUCACCCACUGGCAUGCACUUUGUGAGUGGCCAGGAAGAGCAUCCAGUUUUGAGAGUCAAGGAUCAUGUCCAUCACCAAAACCUCCACAGACCCCAUAAUAUCCUGGAAUCCACAAAAUCCUAACUCCAAAACAUAUUUGGUUUGUAUAAUUAAUACGGUAUAUUUUCUCUAGUUGUAGCUUGUAACGUUGCAUUUUUAUUUGAAAAAGGACUAAACAGUACUGGUAUCCCUGCUACAGACACAAUCAUGUAUCCAAAUCUCAUAAUUUCUCUGACAUUUUGCUUUUACUGGUGCUGAGUUUAUGAGCUCCUAAAACAAUAGUUUUCAGGUCACUUUGAAGCUGACAGUGAAAUAAUACGAAGACUCUUGCUGUUUGACACUAUAAUGAUACCAUGUCAUUUUACAGACGUAUGAAAUGACAGUGUUUAUCAUUUCAUAUUCUUGAACACUUCAGGUACAUAUUUCUCAUGUCUGGUAAAAAUAUUUAACAAAUUUGAUGCAGGGUUAGUGGAGUGAAAACAAGAGGCAUUUGAAUAUGAAAUCAAGACCUGUUUGAGAUGGAUAAACAAUCACACAAUCAUGUGACCAAAUAGAUAUCAAUGCCAUCUUACUAUUAUUUAUCAAGCCUCUAAUAUUUUUUUCUUUAUAUUAAUAAAGAUCAAUUUACACUUGUUAAAAAACUAGGGGUGCUGCUUUCACACUUGAUUCGACUGCCUGGUCCAAACCAGAGUUCGAUUGCUCCCCCCUUGCCCUGCCCCUGCUGGAUUGUGUUCACAUUAUAUUAUUUGGGUCCGAACCGCAGUAAGCUUGCAUCUAUCUGCUGCGAAUGAACACGAGAGUCCAGCAGAAAUUAGAUAUACAUUCUCUGCUUGCAAUGCAUCAGUCACGCUCAUCAGGAAAGUGAGUAAGAACAUGCACAAAUACACAGUUUUAUUAAAUCAUACGUCAUCAAUAGAUGUUCACCUCCAUGAUUUAGUAUGAGUUCAUUCAUGUGUUCAUAUCAGCAGCGAAUUGUAUCUGAGUUCACAUGAACUGUAGCCCAGACCAUCCUUUAUUUGCUGGAAAACAGUAUUCACAUCAUCCAAAUGAACCAAAGUCUGAUGUCAAUCGAACCUGUGUGCGCACCAAAAGUGCUAGUGUGAAAGCACCCUACGCUGAGAUGUUAAAAGUCUACAACUUUUAUCCAUUUGAGACAGGUGUGUUAUGCAGGAUGGAUAUUCCUCUAGACUAGAGUCUGUCAUCAUGAAUCUGAGAGGCAUUACGAAGGAGAGAGCAUAAUCAAAGCAUGUUUACUAUACAUAAAUGACGAAUCUACAAACUAAAAUUAUUUACUUGUUAAUUGAUGUUUCUAAAGACUCGUUAUUUGAAUAAAACUGUUGUACUAUACUGAUUUAAAUACAUUACAAUUCAAUUAAACUUAAUUAAAUUACAUAUGAAUCAAUAUUUAAUGAUGUGCUCAUCGUACUUGAAGUUGUUGAAAAAAAUGGAAAAGAAUCCAAUAACUGAGCUGUAAUACUGUAUAUGUACAUAGGACAACAGGAUAAGAAAGUAUACAAAACAUAUAAAAAAAAAGAGAGAGAGAGAAACAAAAUCUAGCAGGUAAUAGUUUUGUUAGGUCAUCAAAAGUUAACUUAAUAAUGUGACACUAUGUUUCUUUUUUUUUUAGCUAGCAUGUGCUGAAAAUUAUGGUCAAAAGGGACUUAUACAGUAGCCAAAGAUGUAGCGUGUUUUGUUGUUGUUGUUGUUGUUGUUGUUGUUGUUAAGAGGGAUGGUUCUCUCAGUUCAAAAUAGAACAAACAUCAUAAAAAAGUUGAUUAUGCCCAAUAAUAUCAACAUGCAGGAUUUAUAUAUGAAACACUUGGCAAACAUUAAAGUAUUAGUUCACUUUUAAAUGAAAAUUAGCCAAAGCUUUACUCACCCUCAAGCCACCUGACUUUCUUCUUUCUGAUGAACAUAAUCGUAGAAAUAUCAAUGAAUACCCUGAUGCAUCCGAGCUUUAUA